AUGGCCACAUCCACGCGCUCGAGCAAGCGGCAGAAGACCGACACCAACGCCGACGCCGACGACAAGCCGUUCCGCCUGAUCUAUUGGCUGGGGAUUCCGGGCCGCGGCGAACACGUGCGGCUGGCCUUCGAAGCCACGGGCACUCGGUACACAGACGUGUCCAACCAGACGGAUGAAGGGGUGGGCGCGGUGCUGAAGCAGACGGGCGACGACAACAACGGCGACGAGCACAACCCGCCGGCAUUCGCGCCGCCCAUCCUACAGCACGGCGACGACGUCACCAUCUGGCAGACGCCCAACAUCCUGCUGUAUCUGGGGCCGAAGCUGGGGCUGGUGCCCGACGCCCAAGACGACCCCGUGGGCCUGUACCACGUCAACGCGCUGGCAUUGACCGCGCUCGACGGCCUGUCCAACGAGCCGCACGACGUGCACCACCCGAUCGCCGUCAUCCUCUACUACGAAGACCAAAAGACCGAGGCGCUCCGCAAGGCCAAGGACUACCGUGAGAACCGCCUGCCCAAAUUCCUGGCCUACUUUGAGCGCGUGCUCGACGGCCCCGCCAGCGCCGGCGGCGAGUAUCUGUACGGCGGCAAACUCUCCUAUGCCGACCUGGUGUUAUUCCAGACCCUCGACGGCGUCAGCUUUGCCUUCCCCAAGUGUGUCGGGAAGAUCCGCGACGGCGCCAAAUACCCCAAAGUCUGGGCCCUGUAUGAGCGUGUCAAGGCUCUGGAACCCAUCAAGAAUUAUCUUGCCAGCGACCGGCGCUUGAAGUACACUCUGGGCAUUUAUCGUCAUUACCCAGAGUUGGACGACGAGUGA